AUGGCAAAAUAUUUGCGUACAUUAGUAAUAUUGUUCGAAGUUGAUAUUUCUGGUAUCAACUUCUCAGACUUCGAAAGUCUGCAUGUUUUACGUCUUGACGAUGGAGUUGAGGAGUUGUCAAGUUCGAUUAGAAAGUUCAUACACUUGAGAUAUUUUGACAUAUCAAACACAGGAAUUAAAUAUUUGCCGGAUUGGAUAGGUGAAUUCUCUCACUUGCAGACUUUGAGAGUAGAUGCACCAUAUUUGAGAAAACUGCCAAGUACGAUUAAGUACUUGAUUAACUUUAGGCAUCUUUAUAUUAAUGAGGAUGUGGAGUUGCCUAUGGGAAUUGGGAGAUUAACUUCUCUCCAAACACUAAAGUACUUUCCAGUGGGUGACGAGGAUGGCUGCAAAAUUGAAGAGCUGGGAAGUUUGAAAAAUCUUGAAGGAGAGUUAGAGAUUCGUAAUCUGGAAAGGGUUCGUGACAAGGAAGAGGCUGGGAAAGCCAAUUUAUUCAAGAAGUCGAAAAUAUUGAAGUUGUGUUUGGAAUGGGGUGAAGACAGAGAAGGUGAAAGAAACGAUGAGAAUGUAUUGGAAGGCCUCCAACCUCAUUCAGAUCUGAGGGUGUUAGAGAUUUGGGGAUUCAAAGGUAAAACAUUUCCAUUAUGGACUCAGAAGAUGGCAGUUGGAGAUGUGGUGCUUAACAAGUUAAUGUCGUUAUCACUUAUUGACUGCAGAGAAUGUGAUGAGAUCCCAAUGUUGGGGCACUUGCCCAAUCUCAAGUCCCUUCUGUUGAAAGGAUUGAGAGAUUUGAAGUGUAUAAACUCUUCAUUCUACGGAAUGGUGAACAACGACACACGCAUUGUUUUUCCAGCUCUCGAGAGCUUCCAGUUGAAUUCAAUGCCUAAGCUGGCAGAGUGGGCAGAAAUAGAAGUUUCGGGUGCAAGUGAAGUGAAGCUAUUUCCUCGCCUCCAACAUUUGGAAAUCUAUGAUUGCGAGCAAUUGAUGAGUGUUCCAAGUCAUGUCUCGUCAUGCCUUGAAUAUUUGAAAAUUAAUGGGACUGGUCUAGAAUGUCUCCCAGCUGAUUGGUUAUUCUGCAACAACGAGACUCUCUCUACAUUGGAUGUAAUCGACUGCUCCAAUUUGAGAGAAUUAGGAGAUAGCUGCGGAGAACAAUCACAAGGAAGCUUCACAUCCCUUUGCCGUCUCCAGAUUGAUGAAUGCGAAGCGUUGGAGUAUUUGCCAUGUGAAAUGCUGGGAUUCUCUCUCGAGAAUCUGUCGUUGAAGAGUUUAAGCAGCCUAAAGAAUCUAGCAAGAGUUUAUAGCUUGACUUUGAAAGGGAUGGAAAGUUGGGAAUGCCUGCCGGAAUCAAUUCAACUUCUCACUGCUCUUUUUAAACUAAGCUUACAUGAUUUUGGAAUGGAAGAGUUGCCUGAAUGGUUUGGGAACCUCUCAUCUCUAAACUGGUUGGAUUUAUAUAACUGCAAAAGGCUAAGGCGUCUACCCUCUGUGGAUGCAAUGCGGCGCCUCACAACAUUAGAACAACUAGAAAUUUGGGAUUGCCCGGAAUUAGUGAUUCAAAGUGAGGCAGUUGAUUCUGAAUGGCCUAAGGUUUCCCCAUAUCCCCUACAUCCUAAUUGA